GGGACAUUUGUCCAAACAGGAACACAUUCUUGAGUGAGGGAACAUGGAAGGACGUGGUUUAGUCAUCAGUCUGCUGCUCCUCGCUGCACUUCUGUCCCUCCAUGCUGAGGCUGCUGCAGGAGGCCUGAGGAGAUCCACAGGUCGCUGCCCUCGCCUCCUGAAGGUUGCGCCAUCCCAGACGGGCUGCAAGUGUGAUGACGACUGUCCCGGGAACCACAAAUGCUGUGUCUAUAACAGCAAGUCUGUCUGUCUUCCGGCUGCAUUUGACAAAGUGGGCAAGUGUCCCGACAGAAAAUGGGGUUUUGGAUUGUGCGCUGAAUACUGCUCCGAUGACAGCGACUGUCCCAGAAACGAGAAAUGCUGCUCGAACGGAUGUGGACAUGAGUGCAUGGUGCCGUACAAAGUGAAGCUUGGUCGCUGUCCGGCACCAGUGGCCACAAACAUGUGCGCCGAGUUCUGCUACCACGACGGCGAGUGUCCCGAGGAGCAGAAGUGCUGCAAGACCACAUGUGGCCACGCCUGCACGGAGCUCUGCUGACAUGAUUCUCGACACAAGGAUCGACACUAAAGAUCAUUUGCUUUUUACUUCCAUGAUCUCUUUCCUCCGACCUGAAUCUCUGCAAAACCUCCACAUUUAACUUCAACUCAAUAUUAAACGGGAUGUUUUUAAACACUCAAUUCAUGCACCGUGCUGAAUAAAAACACAGAUCAUUUUCAGUUUUGCCUCUCUCAUGCAAAAUCUUCUCGAAUGGCCGGCGAUAAAAGCGUGUGUCGACAAAAUGUUAAACAAAACCAUCAGUUUAUUGUGAAAACAAACAUUUAAAUUCCUCUCAGAAUUUACUGGAACACCGCGUACAGACCUCCACAUGAUAAUAUCUCCCCGAAAUAAAUAAAACGGAUUUCAGGUUUCACCUAGUUUUUCAAAAUGAAUGAUUACUGUAAUAAAUAGUUGAGUGUAGACCAUAAUAUUGGAAUAUGAAUUUCAAUGCACCGAGUGUCUUCAGGUAAAAUUAACGUUUCUAUUUCUUUUGAACAUUCUUGCCGCGAUAAAGCAGGUCAACGAACCCCGAGUAAAGAUGGAAAGACGCGGUAUUUGGGUGAGUCAAGAU